AUGACGAUCCGUAGACCAGUUUCUUGGUUUUUAACCGACAGGGGUCGUCGAUUUUCUUUUGCUGUAAUCACAGGUACUGGUGUGGGAUGGACAGUAGCAAGAUAUGCCCCAAAUACAUUUUUUUUGGAACAUUAUAAAAAAUUUGUACACUAUUAUAACAAUGGGAAGCCAGUUCCUCUUGAUAAAGAACUGAACAAUAGAGUUUCUCGAUGCAUUGAAAUUCUUAACAUAGCUAACGUACAAAGAAAAUUGAUUGCACCUUUCAGUGUAUUUGGAUAUGACAUGUUUCAUGCUGGUAGUCUCAAUUCGAAGUUUGGGGCAGCCAUUGGCAUUCCAGUGAAUUUUACAUACAAAAGCUUAGAAGAUCUAGAGAAAGAUGAUAUUCAGGUAAAUCAGAAAAAAAUUAAUUGGUCUUCUGAUGCUGGCAAGAAAUUAGCUGAUGCAUUAAUACUGCCUGAAAAAGUUCAAGAGUUUGCAAUAUGUAGAGAAAUAUUGAUGACACAGAAUAAUAAAAUUAUAUAUGACUCUAUAUAUCCAUUUGCUAGUAUAUUUUUGGUUUAUAAUAUGUCUCAAGCUAUUAACAAAAAACUAAAUCUGUAUGCAAGACCUGUCAUGUUAAGGGGCAUACUAUAUUCGAUUCUUGGCGUUUUUGGAGUUGGAUUAUAUUUUCUUAUGAAAGAUAUGACAGAAGUACAUUUUGAAGCACAAACUGACAAGAAAUUAUGUGAACUUGGACCUGAGUAUAUUGAGAAUGGAAAAGUAUUUUAUGAGAAAAUAUUAAAAAGAAAUCAAGCUCUUCGAGAGUUGAUGGGAAGAGAAGGAGAAGUCAAAUACAGCAAAAUGGGCAAUGAAAAUUUCGGUUUAAGACAUCCUCGACUUGCUUUAGUGCACAGGAAACAAUUCUUUGAAGAAAAAUUAAAAGAAUUGAGUGAGGGACAUGCUAAUGAUGAAGUUUCAAAAUAG